UCCUCCAUCGAUCAUUCAUGCCACACCACAGCCUUGUACGAAGUCGUAACUAACGCACACUGACUGACUGCAGGCCACCUGCGGCCCUUCCUUCAACACAUGCAGCUUGCCAGCACGGCGGAAGCACAAGAUCCAUCAGUACACACAAACACAUGCAUCACCAUGCCAUCAUGUGGAUGGGCUUUCACCUUCAUGGUCUACGGCUGCUGGCCAUCGAGCACGACAGGCGCAAUAGGGCUGACCGCGCGACGAAUGUGAAAGGCCGUCAGGGGGAAUCGUUGGGCGAGGGGGCGUCAUGGGGGACACCCACUGCUGCAGCCUCGGUGGUGCGAAUAGUGACGCGCACUGGAUGCAGACAACAGCACAGCAGAUGAUCAAACGACACGACAGCAUGAGGAUGUGCUGUGAAUGUCAAGAUGCAUGUGUACCGUCCUGGUUGUCGCCUGGGGGGAUCUCGAAGCUAAUCCCUGCGAUGAAAGGGUCGGCACACGUCGUCAGCACAUGCAGCUACCCACAGGUCUCACUGGCCGCCUCCCAUGUCAACACGUGCGAGCAUCCGUUGAGAGGCGUGUGUGGCGAUUGGGUGAUGAUGAUGUCGAGGUGGCCACCCCACACACGCCUGACACACACAUCAAUUGCGCACCACAUAGCGAUUCGCCCUCUCAUUGCGUGUCGUCCAUCGACUCACCGGUCCACCACCACUGCUGGCGAGUCGGCGAAGCCGCCCACAGCCAACACCCGGUGAACCAGCAUCAGGUCCUUCAGCAGGUAGCUGGCCGAUGCGUGAACAGGCGCGUCGUCGAUGCCAACCGUCGCCCAGCCCACACCAGGCUGCCACCUAAUGCGGUGGCGGACUGGCGGGUCGUUCGGCUUGGCGUGGUGGAUGAAGGGGUGCUGCGAGAAGGGAUGGACGGGCCGGUUUGCGAGGGGGAGGGGCGAGUUGAUGGCGGCGGUGAAGUUGGGCUCGUUGCGGAUGAUCCGGAGCUCGUUGUUGUGGCGGAAUAGGAUGAGUGUACCGUCAUGCUGGCCAGUGGGGCGCCGGAGGACGACAUUGCGGCCGACGAGCAUUCA